UAUUUCUGUUUACCUUCCACAGGCUAAACGAGUUGAAGGCAUGUAUUUACUGCGAGGCCGAGUAAGCUCUUCGUCAAAUCAUCAGUAUCAUUGUUGUUCAGUCUCAUAAAAACUAUAUACGGGUCAUCACAAAUGACAAAAUCUUCCGAAUUUAUUAUUCCUGAACAGCAAACCAAACUUGGUAAGUGGCAAAGCUAAACCAACUGGCAGACGGUAGCUGUUAUGACGGAAAGUAUGACAUUUUUUGCAAGUGUAUGUGCGACUGAGUCAUUCUCUUCAUGUUCUACUAUUGACGCAGCAAACUUUGGAAUAUUUGUCAAUAGAAUCACAGGAUUUAGAAUAUCUAGCAUCGUCAGUAAACAGCACAAAUGUAAACAAGGCGAUAUUGAAAUAAGCUAUGCUCGUUAUAAUAAAAACAAAAGAGAUUUUUAUAAAAAUUGCAAUUGUUGCUGUGAUAACUCAAGGCAGCUUUGGGGUGACACAGCCCAGCCGGUAACUCCACCUGAAUUACCUAAAAUUGCCGAUAGUGAUACGUUGCAUGAGAAAUGCAAGCGGCCAGUUCAACGGCAUAUUGCGGCCAACAGUUCAAAUGUAAUACACAAUUCUUGUUAUUGUCCAACAAAUGCAAUAAAAGCUAAUGUUUUUGGCAGCAAUGUUGACCGGACAAAGCAAGCGGACAGCCGUGUUACUGAAACGAAAACAUUGCUGCAAACUGAUCAAGUUUUGAAAUCCUUGACUGCCCCAGCUAUAGCUCACAGUAAAACAAAAACAUAUAGCGGUUUUGACGAUAAUAGCAGCAUAAAUAGAUUGCACGAGCUAGAGAUUUCAAAACGUAGUCAUAGAAUGAUAACACACAGUCACAUUUCUGCCGAUGAAAUGUUUUCAAAUGAUGAUUUUCAUCGAAUUUGUUCUUUUGCACCUGCUUCAGAUAAAGCAAUACGCCGAAAAGAAAUCAACGCCAUAAACCGGGUAGAUUUAAGAAAAAAUGUCGUGAGCUGUCGUUUUAACAAUUUUAGGGGGAGUGGAAGGCUUCACGCUCAAAUGUAUGGAUAUUGGAUACAUUAUAUCCUCUUAAUAUUGUUACUGUCACUGUCGCAAGUUCGCUGGACGUACGCUUUACUAGUGGUUGAACCCAAAUAUGCUGGUCUUGCUGAUGAUGACUUCAUUUCUGAUAACGGCAACAACUACCCGUAUAUUAAUGCCAGCAUAAGAUCGGGCGGAAGCAGUAACCGGAUUGGUACAAAAUCACCACCAGGUAUGAUCGGGGUUACUGGAGAAAAUUCUGCAACUAUUGGCAGUUCAUCUUCUGGUGUCACUGGUUACAUGGAUAAGAUGAACAAUUUAGAGCGAAAUGUUGCGGCUGUUCUUAUAAAAGUUGCCUACGGUACAACGUCGACGACUAAACGUAGUAUUCCGGAUAAUAGAUACGUAGCCAGUCUGACAACAAUCGCCACCCCACUGUUGACGACCCUGCGGUAUGCGGAAAAACCAUCACACCAGCAACAAAUAAACCUACAGCAUCGAAACUACGAAUUGGAUUUGGAGCGUGAUCACGCUUUGCCCACGUCAGCCCCCAAUGCCGAUAUUUUAAAAAGUAAUAGUAAUCCAACGUAUCCGAACCCGAAUAGACAUCACAAUCACGAGCGCGAACGACACCGGCAUGUCAUGAGCUCUACGCCUUCCCCAUCAUUACCGAAUAUUCUGAAGAAAAUCAAUGGGCAAUUACCUACUAUUCCAAUGUAUCCCGGCGACAUUCCUUCAUACUCUCCACCAGCCCGUUCAUUUUUCACACCACCAUUACCACCAGAAUAUCAGAAUCCGUUCGCUGAUAAACCUACCUUACGCGGCACAAAUAAUGAGGGUAUUAUUUCAAACUCAGGCACAUACAUAAACAGGCGACCAAUACCACCUCCGAGUUUAAUGCCCGGUCAUGAACGCAUACCGUUUCGUCCACCUGAUCUGGCAGCAUCAACUGGCGGUAGCACACAAGAUGGCUUUGUUCCCGUUGUAUCUAUUGGAGACAAUGGUAGCGUUACUAACGUACCCUUGGGUGCAAAUACAGAUGCGGAGAGGAAGAAAGCGCUGAAUACUCCUUCGCAGAGCAACGGUGGUUAUGGCAAAUCAAACGCGGACGUGUCUAAUGUUGGAAGUAUUAUACAAACGUUAACGAACGAUCAUAGCAAAAACUUCUAUGGCAGCGGCGGCAACUCACAAGAGGCGCCUGUACAGAAUAACAACUCGGCCCAACAACAUAGUACAAGACAAGAAGUUUUGCCAAGUAUACGCCGUAUUUUAAGUGGCUCCAAUGGAAAUAAAGGUGAAAUCCCAGAAGUGCUCCUAAAACAAGUCACCUCCCGUCCGAUUGUUAAUUACAACCAGCCACCAUCAUCGCCAGUUGUGCUCUUGGAUGGUGGUAAUACGGCUCAACAAGUUGAAGGCGGGGAAGAUAGUGGAAUAUCAAGUAGCUCAAAUAUAAAUAAAAGUAAAAAUAGUCCAGCCUUGGCCAGUGAUGAUACGGAAACUAGAACUGAAGUCAGUGAAAAUAAAUUUACGGGAAAGUCCAACAUGUAUAAUAACCACACCUACGGUGGAAUGAAUAGCAGUAGCAGUAUUAGUGGAGGUUCGCGCGCUGGUAGCUCUACGCCGGCAACAGCGGCUGCAAUUGGUGGAGAGCUAGCCGCAGCUGCGGCAGCCGCCGCUGCCACGUCAACGACUUCAACAGCGAGUAGCCCAACAAUCGCUAAGAGCCCAACAUUGUCAGCAACAGCUAUAAGCGGUAAUAUCGGCAGCGAUGCUGGCUCCUCGACGUCGUCUUCAACAGCUGCUGCCGCAUCUUCACACUCUACAUGGGCCGUUGCAUGGAACAUUCAUGUUUAUUUUUCUGUUGUACUCUUCACAAUUUUGGCAGUUUACUCUUUAUACAAAGUACUCACCUACAAUAAGUUGACACACCUGUUUUCACAAUCAUAUUUUAUGUGCAUUCAUUUAGUACUGAUUGUGAUAUGUUCCGCACGAAUCUUCUAUCUAUGUUAUGAUGCAUACAAUAUUCAUGCUACUUUUAAUUUGUUUGUUUCUGAGUUACUACUGAACUUGCCGGCAACAUUCUUGACAAUUUCAUUUUCAGUUCUUAUUCUUUACUUAUUUUUAAAGGCACUGAACCAUAAGAACAAUCGAUACUCUGCACUCAUACGCCCGCUAACCGUUGUGGUAGGCUGUGGUGUGCACGUAGUUCUCUGCAUUACACUGCAUUAUGUCGAAUCGUACACCCUGCAAAAUCAACAGGAACAACAACUGUUAUAUCAACAACAACAGCAACAGCUGCUCCACAGACGUCAGCAGCAGCAGCAACAACUUUUGCACCAGCAUCACCACCAGCUGCAGCAGCAGCAAUUUGUAGCAGCGGCAGCAACUCAUUUAUUGGUGUCUACAAAUGCCGGAAAUGUACAUUCAGCUCUUCUAAUGCAAUCGGUCUCGGCAGCUGCAACGGCAGGUAAUGUUGCGAGCAACACUCCUCCGCCAAGGGUGCUUUCUCUUAUAUGCCAGAUUAUAUAUAUUUUUGUAUGUCUUUUCCUCGGUAUAUUGUACCUUUAUUUAUACCGCAUUUUGAAGCGUAUACUUCGCAGCAAAUCUCAAAAUUAUAUACACGGGUAUCAGAAUCUUUCAUACGCUAUACACAUCACUAUAGCGACGGCGCUACUUUUUGUCCUUUUAGCUGCUUUGCAAAUAUUUGGGGCAAUUAGUAUAUCCACAACACGGCCCCUUAUACAACAAUUGACUUCUGAAAUCGAUUGGUUACAGUGGGGUUAUCAAUUCUCUUUACGGUUGAUCGAAAUAUCAAUUAUUACUUUGCUUUCGUGGGUGGCCGGCUUAAAAACAAGCGGGGGCGGCAGUGGUGGUGGUACAGCUGUUACUUCAGUGAGUAAUGGCGAUGCGCGUUAUGGCAUAGCCAGUGGUAAUGGUGGUACCAGUGUAGUGUUCGGCGGCGGCACAGUAAAUCAUAAUCGAGAGAAAUAUGCCCAUCAUCACUUUCACCACAAUCACUCAAAUGUGGCAGGGUUCUUUUUGCCGUGUACCUCUAGUUCCAGUCAGGAACAGUUUGAGACAGACUAUCCAGCUGUGUGUAAUGCGAAUACAAACCUUCAUACAUAUACAAUGCGCACUGGCAAACUUAUUUAUGACGACAGUUUUGCACUGAAUUCUCUCUCUGGCAAUGGCCAGUCUCAACUGACCAGUAACAGCGCUAUUCCCACUGGUUCUGGCAGCACACGAAAUGCUGGAGAAUUCCAGUUACAAGCGCAACCGACAUACCAACGUCCAUACGACUCAGGGUCCCUGAACAGCGCUAUAGCGAACCAUAAUGCAAGUGAAUAUGGCACGCAGAGUACGCUAGCUGGUGGCGUACGUUACAGCCACGAAGCACCUCAAUAUGCAGACUAUUUAACAGAUACGACAACCGAUCAUUAUGAAAAUCCAAACUUUGACCUUUGUGGUUCCGUUAGUGGUUCAGGUUUUGGCGUAGCCUCAGCAAACCCAGGUGGAAUACAAAAAUUUACAAAAACCUCAACAACUUCCACUACGGCUAGUAGUAGCGGUGCAUCCGGUUCAUCGGCAGCCUCACAGCAGCAUAUGCUGCUUCUCCAAAGUGACAGUUGCUAUUCGGAACCCUUACAACCCCCUCAUACAACCAGUUAUGACUUCAAUAACUUUGAAAGACCACAUUUGGUAGCUGGUAGCACCAGCAAACCUGCGGAUUGUUGGUCAGAAUCACAUUCCACAGGUCAACCAAUUCCUCGUGUCGAAAACCAUAAAAUCAAUCGUGAAAGGAAAAUCCAUACAACAUUGGAUCGCAAUGCUUAUGAAAACCCAGAGCGGCGUAGCUCGAACUCUACGCAUUCUUGUGCGUCAAGCACUAGUCGCUAUGGUGGUUACAAUUCCUUUGAUCGUGGCAUCUACAACGGCGUUCGUAAAAGUGGCACUUUAAAUAACAUCGGUGAUAGCGGCAAUUGUGGUGACCAUGGGCCUGGUAUAGGAAUUCUGCAUGGUCGCAAUUCAUCCUCUUCAUCAGCUGCCUCGUCGAAUAUAUCAGCACAACGUACAUCUGGCGCGCAGACAUUAGCACUAGCCUCAGAACGGCACCAUCAGCAGCAGCAGCGUAGUGUCCGUUCCAACAUGGGCACAGGUGUGGCACGUGAGCGCGAUCAUGACCAUGAUCAUGAUCGCGAGCACGAACACUUAUUUAGUCGUUCAUCUCUUGACCAUAACAGUACUCAGCAGAAAAACCACUCGCAGCGUCAGCAAAACUCCGAUGAUGACAUGAUGUUACCAGGCAGUAAUGUAGAGCGCUCUAACUUAAUUGAUAAUGAAGAUGGUUCUUGUAUUACAAAUAGUAAUAGCACAACAUCAUUUUGCGGUGUCCGAAACCAUUUGAACGAUAUCAAUGUUCCAAACAGUAACACAGCCGACCAAUUGGUUGGCAAAAUCCAUUUGAAAAGUAGUACUCAUUCCACAUCCAGCACUUCGAAUGCAUCCGGCACUUCGUUGACUGCUUCAGAAAGCAUCAGCAUCCGUGGCAGUGGCAAUGGCACUGCAAUGCUUGUAGCCGAACACGGGUUUGUUCGCUUUCGCGCCAUCGACGAUAUGAACAACGCACAGGGCAUAGGCAUACACAACGCCUCCAUACGCAACUAAAGUCCUCGAUGAAAUGUUUUCGUUAUUUGAAAUUACUGCUCCGGGGAUGCUAUGUUCGACAGGAAUUACAAUUAAAAAUUCUACAACGUAUAGAAAAGUACAUAGCAGUCAGAUUAUGUUAUGUAAAUAUAUACCAGUGAAUCAAUUAAGCUUAGGUCCAAGGUGGUCGCCGUGGCAGGUUAGAAGUGCGCACUACACUCUCCCGAAUAUAUAUCUGACGUGGAAAACCUCUUAAAAUCCAUCUGCCGUUCAGAGUAUACUUACAACUUCAGUGUUUGACUAGAGGCACACCACGAUAAUGUAAUAUAUUGUAGGUCCAAUUUAACGUCGAAACCCAGUUAUUUUGCUUGAAGACAUCAAAAUGCAUUCGCUUGUUCAUCUUGCUAGUUAUAAUAACAGCCAAAAUCUCACUGUAGUCCCAGGAAAUACAACAUACGUAGAGGAAGAAUCUCACAUUUAGGGACUAUUGGGUCCCUUGUAAUCGCUUCAGAGCAAAGAAAAACGCAAAAUAACAACACAUGGGGCACAUAUUCCCCAGACCUUCAUGUUCCCAAGUUAACUGAGAGCAUAAAGAUUUUUCUUAUUGGCACAUUUCCCCACUCCACUUUAUGAACAAAGCGCCGUUUUUUUAUAUGGUUUUAUAAUAUUGUAAAUAGUGGAAUGACUUAUACCCAUUUCACAGCCAAUUUCUUGUAAACUUUCUUUCCCAUUGCACCCUUAAAUUAUUUUUGUCCCUAAUUAUAAUUGAUUCACUAUAUGAAUGAUCUCUGCGAAUAGCGUUGUAAACGACAAUUUUCUGAAAACUAGUUUUUAACCUUAAAGACAUAAAUGUACAUAUUUUAUUUUCUAAAGGCAAGUAUCUUAAAGCCUCAUAUAACGAAAA